GCGACGACGCCACGAGACGAGACGAGACGAGACGGGAGCUCAAUUUGGAGCGAGCUUUGCGAGGGAGGGAGCGGAAGCCGCGAGGCAGAACAUGGAGAGCACCGAGGGACCGGAGUGUCGAUUGUCACCUCUUCCUCUUCUUCUUCUUCUUCUUGCGGGGUGCGCGGUCUCGAGCGCCGAGCUGUUCUGAGCGCACUCUCCGUCGGUCGGCUCUCCACUCGGAGCUUCAAAGAAAAGGAAGUCGAAAAUAUUCAUCGGACCUUGGAUUGUGUUGUUUGCGGAGCGAGCUCAAGCGGGCGGCGAUUGAGCGGGCGAUGUUCCGAGGUGCUCGCGGGCCAGAAUGGCUUUCAAGGAGCUCCUAGACAAGAAUCGAAUGCGUGAAUUGUCGGCCUAGGGAAGCGGCGGGCGGGACGGGCGGUCGGGCGUCUUGGAAGGCUGCGACCUGCGAUUCUGGUUAGAGAAUGAGCGAUGCCGGGUGUGUCUGUUUGCCAGAUGUGCUCCGCUAAUGUCCUCGCAGUAAUCCCUACGAGAACCGGAGGGCCGGUGAAUCUUGGAAGAAAAUCCCACCGAAUUUUGGUGCAGGUUUCUGCAUUUUCUGCCUCUUUGGACUUUCGUGCUGAAGGUCAUCAUCGCCCCGUUCUCGGCCGACCAGUAUGCUCCACGCGUGUGGCUUUGCACUCCAUGGCAUUUAUAUCGACGACGCAGGGGAAACAAAUGGGUCCUAUCAACAUUUAUGCGGUAGCAGAGCAGAUGUCUAGUUUCGGCUGCAUGAUGCCUUUCAAGUAUUUAUCAAAGGGUGGAAAGCUGCCCUCAAGAAGGCCGACGACGAGAUUGCUCUGUAAGCCAGUCGCCCGUAUUUCCGACUCCGACGUGCGGAUUUCGGAUGGGAAGAAUGCUUCUGUCACGGGCAGAGAUAUCCCUCUGGAUUCGCGUGAGACGACUGUCAGAGAAACUAAUCCAGCUUCGGUCUCACCUUCUGGAGCUUUGUCUCAACGAGGUCUUCCCCUGAACCUUGCAACAGGAGUGGGAGUCACUGCAGCUGUGAUCAUGAUGGCCAUGCUGGGAUUCUUGGCCAAGCCACGGAGAAAUGGAGGCGGAUCAAUGGCUGAUUUGAUUCGAAGGGGUCAAGUCCGAUCAGACAGAGGAGCAGAUUCCGAGCUUUUGAAUUACGAAGACCCUUUCAACAAUCCGUUGGUGAAGAUGGGAACAAAAAAUCCAAUAGUGAGGAUGUGCGGGAAAAUUUUUCGACUGGCACCCGUCACGCUUACAGAUGAGAAGGUUGCUAAACACCAGAAUCGACGUAUCCAAGCCUAUAAGUGGAAACGGCCUAUAGUGUUCCUGAAUGAUGGAGAUCCUGUUCCGGAAGGGGUAGAUCCUGAGGAAGUUCGUUGGAUACCUUCAAAUCAUCCUUUUGCGACAACCAGUAAUUACAUAGAUGAAGACCUCGCUCAGAAGAAUGUCUAUCAAACAAGAGGUGUGCCAUCUCGAGUUAGGGCUGAACAUGAUGCUUUGCGGAAGAAGAUGGAGGAAACUGCCAAAAGAGAGCCAGAUUUUCAGCCACCGAAUAUGGAAUUCGGUGGAGAACAGGCAUGGAAGACAAACAACUCUAGUGCAGAAGAGACCUCCGAGAGGAUCUCUAAUCAAGGUAAAGCCACAGAUACUACAGCGAGUUUUGACAAGCAAAUAAAUGGGAAGACCGGAGGCAGCUCAUCGUCAAUCAACGGCCAAGGUCAAGGUGGUGGUAGCUUUAGUGCGGAACCAGGAUCACGAUAUAGGACUAUUGAUUUCUCAGGCGAGGUGCAAGGUAGUGGAGGCAGAGAUCAGCAGCGGUACAACAACGGAGGAUUGGACUCUUAAUUGACAGGAAAUCCUCUCACCCAUCCUAGAAAGUGAAGUAGUAUUGUCAAUGCGUUGUGACCAUUUUAUCAAAUAUCUUGUAUUUACAGUAGUGACCUGGAACUUGUGUCACUCGUACUCCUGUAAGAUAAACACAAAAAAGGAUUAAAGCCACUGUCAAUUGUGUUGGAAAAUUGCCUAAGUUAUAGUAAAGUCAGCAGUGGAUUGAAGCAAAUUGUUCAGUCACAUGAAUUAGUUUCAGAGAGUUGAUCAAAUUGUUUAUUAACUAUGCGAUGUGUACUGUAUUGAGGGAUUUAUAGUACAUAAGAUUGUCAAAAACCUUGGAAAGAAUCUUUCAAGGUGG